AUGGCUGACACGAAAUCGUUGCCGGUUUUCGCGUUCAUUGACGAUUUGCAUCAAUUGGAGGAAUUGAGAGGAUAUCUCAAUAAACUCGGCGCAAAACUUGACCCACAAGGCCCAAAAGAACCCACCGAUAAUCUCGUCGAAGUGGUCAACACUGUCGCGAUGGUCGCUAGCGUGAAGAGUCAUUCGGAGGUCGAUUUGAUUCUCUCUUCUAUAUCUUCGUUAAUCGUUUGUGUGCCCGGUGAUCGCGCGCACGAAGUUGUCUCCAAAUUUUGCGCUCAAUUGACUAGCGGAAAGUUUGAAGGUGAAGGAUGGCAAAGCAAUGCGGGUGCCGCUGUUCGUGUGCUUUCAAAUCUUUUCCGUGGAUUCGCGAAAAUUGGUGACAUUCAGCAGGUGAUCUUCGAAAGUCUCAUCUCAAUUUGUGACAGCAGCCGUUUGAUAUCGGAUAUCGAUACGAGUGUGCCAGUUAUUGAAGGUUACAUGAAAGCAUGGGGAACCGAUCGAGAAGGGAGACAACGAAUUUUGCGAGCACUUCACGUUGCUUUGUUGCACGAUGAACGAGCAGAUCAAGCUGCUAAAGUGAUGCUUGAGCUUCUUGGAACUUACACAUCGGCUAAUGCUGCAGCGGCACAAGAAGACGCUCGUGAAUGUGUUCGAACAGCGGUUGUUGAUCCAAAGAGUUUCUCUUUCGAUCAUUUGGUACGACUGGACGCUGUGCACCAUCUUCAGCAAUCGGAUCCUUUGAUGCACGAAGCGCUUGGCCUCUUCACCUCAGGAACACUCAAGGAUUAUCAAUCAUUCGUCAAGAAGAAUCCGAAAUUUGUCCAAGAAAAACUAAAAGUUGCUGAAGAGAUUUUGGUAAAGAAAAUGAGAUUGCUUACAUUGAUGAGCAUUGCCGAGAAAAAUCAAGUUAUUCGUCUUUCCGAAUUGGCCGCCGAGCUUUCAUUGCCAGAUAGUGAAGAACUCGAGGAAUUCAUCAUUGAGGCAAUACAAGUGAAUGCAAUCUCAGGAAAGAUCAAUGAAGUACAAAGAACAUUGUCGGUCACCUCUUUCCAGCAUCGCUCUUUUGGACGAGAACAAUGGGCUGGUCUUCGAUCUCGACUUUCGGCUCUCAUCUCAAUGGUAAAAAGCUCGCACGUGAAUAUCCGAAAUGUCAAUCAAGAGCCUCACGAGACGGUUGCU